UGAGCUUAAUAUGGAUGACAUAGUUGCUGAUCCGGGGCUUCGGAAGCCGAUUCAUGAGUUCCAUCCAGAUAUUAGAGAUGAUGUCAGGAGAGCAUAUUUACAAAUGGGUCCGUGUAAACCAUUCGGUCAUAAUUUUCCACGCAAACAAGAAAAAAGCCAGACGAGGGGUUUUGUUGAAUCAUGGUUAGGAAAAUUUGAUUGGCUAGAGUAUAGUGUGCAUAAAGAUGCAGCUUAUUGCUUUUAUUGCUACCUCUUUAAGCCACCAAGAACCAAUGAUUUUGGUAAUGUUGCAUUCACCAAAGCAGGGUUUAAUAAUUGGAGGAAUGGAUUGGAUGCUUUCAAGGAGCAUGUCCAAUCAAUUGACCGGUAUCACACUAAUGCAAGGAGGAACGCCGUUGCUUUCAAAAAUCCGAGACAAAGUGUGGCUCAUGUGUGGAAUGUGAAAGGAACGGAGGAAGAGGAGCAAUAUAAAACUCGCAUGACUAUCAUAUUAGGAAUUGUAAGAUUUCUCCUUUUGCAGGCUCUUGCUUUUUGUGGGCAUGAUGGGUCUGCAACAUCGAGCAAUAGGGGGAAUUUUUUAGAGAUGCUUGAAUGGUACAGAAAGAAAGACCCUAAUGUUGCUAGUGUGACUGGUGAGAAUGCUCCUGGGAAUAAUCAAAUGACUUGCCCAGAAAUACAAAAGGAUUUGGUUAGAGCUUGUGCGGAGGAGACAAGUAAGGCAAUUAAAACUGAUAUGGAAGAUCGUCUUUUUGCGGUGCUUGUUGAUGAGUCUCGUGAUGCAUCAAUAAAGGAGCAAAUGGCAGUGAUUGUAAGGUAUGUCAAUGAUCAAGGGCACGUGAUUGAGAGAUUCCUCGGCAUUCAGCAUGUUUCCUAGACUACAUCAGCUUCACUAAGGGUAGCAUUGGAUGCUAUGUUUGGAAAAUAUGGUCUAUCUAUUUCUAGAUUGCGAGGGUAAGGAUACGAUGGAGCCUCCAACAUGAGAGGACAUUUUCAUGGGUUGCAAAGACGGGUAUUGGAUCAAAACCCAUAUGCUUUUUACAUCCAUUGUUUUACCCAUCAAUUGCAACUAGUGGUAGUUUCUGUUGCCAAGUGUUGCAGUUCUGUUUUUGAUUUCUUUAACUACACAUCUUUGAUUGUCAACACUGUCAGUGCUUCUUGUAAGAGUAGAGAUCAACUUCUCCAAGAUCAUCAUGAAAAACUUGUGGACAAGUUGGAGAGAGGUGAUAUUUUUGCAGGAAGAGGAAAAAACCAAGAAACUAGUCUUGCAAGGCCCGGUGAUACACGUUGGGGCACACAUCAUAAAACUUUGGCUCAUCUUCAACUAAUGUGGGUCUCGGUAUUGGAGGUAUUGGAGAAUAUUAGUGAAGAUGCUAAUGAUGGGGAAAAGAAAACACAAGCAGCCGGUUUGAUAGAAAAAAUGGAGACAUUUGAAUAUGUAUUUAUAUUGCAUCUUAUGAUAAGAGUAUUAGGGAAGACUCAAGAGCUGUCACAAUGUCUGCAGAGUAAAAAUCAGAAUAUUGUUCGUGCUCUAAGACUGAUUGGG